UAAUAUGAAAUAAAUAAUUACAACAUGGUAAGCCGAGACAAUGAAAGAUAUUACAGAUCAGAAAUAAUUAAAAAAAUUUUGAAUAUCAUUAAAAAAGCACUAGAUCAAGAAAAUUAUAUCAAAAUUUAUUAGGCAAAUCACUAUGAAAUCCAUGAAGAAAUAAAAUUAUUGGAAUAAGAAAUUAAAGAUUUAAAAGAAUAAAUCUUGUUAUUAUCUAAAAAAAGGGAAGUAUGCACGGAUCAAUUUGAGCAAUUAGAACAAAAAGAAAAAGAGUUACAAGACUUAAACAAACAGAGAUUAUUAUCAAAAAAAAUAACUUAAAUUAAAGAGGAUGUUUUAGGGAAAUGUAAAAUUAUCUUAGAAAGGAAAAAAAAUGCAUUGCAAGGAAAAUCAGAUCUUAAUUAGAAGAAUAAACUCAAUUUAUCUGAGGAAGAGAAUCAACUAUUAUAUAAGAUAUUAGAACAUCGAGACAAAUUUUAUAAACAUCUCUUAAACAAUAUAACAAAUGAAUUUAUUGCUUAGAUGCUUUUUGAUAAUUCAAUGAGUAUAAAUGAUAAGGUUAGUCUAUUAUAUAAAAUAGACAAUGUAAAUUUGGAAAGAAUUUAAGAUAUACCUGAAGAACUAAUGAGUCAAAAGACAUAAGAUUAGAUUUAUAAGCUUGAUCGCUUUAAUAAUAAUAUAAAGGAGCAUGAUGAAAAUAAGGAUCCAACCAAAGUUGAUUUUAAAGAAUUUAAGAAAAAAUUCACAUUCAUUUGUGCAGCUUUUACAAAUGAAGCCUCUAUCCAUCAUGAACUCUAAGAAUUUUUAACUUAUAAGUGGAAGUAAAUAGAUUAAUUCUAUAAAAUCCCCUUAAGCAUACCCAAUAUAUUAAUUACAAUACCUUGUGCUCUUAUUAUGGCGAUAUCUGCUGGGAGUGAAUUAUUUAAAAAAAGUUUAUUUGUAUAAAAGAUGGAAAAAGAGAAAUAAGAGAAGCUUAUUUAAGCCUAGAUUCAGCAAAAGUAUUUUAAAGAAUUUGAGAAAAAAAAUAGAUGA